AUGCCAUUCUUUCCAAAACUGGCCGUGGCGGCCCUUGCUGCUGCGUCGCUUGUCGCAGGUCAAACGUAUACCGACUGCGACCCCCUGAACAAAACCUGCCCCUCUGAUUCUGGCCUGUCAAGCUAUAGCUUCUUCUCCGACUUCACCAGCGGCGACUCUGCCUUUGACAGUUGGAACACCACUGCCGGCACGGUCAACAGCACUUCUCAGGGAGCGGCCUUUAUCAUCAACGAAAAGGGCGAUGCACCGACCAUUGAGAGCAACUUUUACUUUUUUUUCGGCUAUGUCGAAGUCAAGAUGAAGAUUGCCAGUGGCACUGGUAUUAUUAGUAGCAUUGUGUUUGAGUCUGACGACCUCGACGAGAUUGACUGGGAAGGAAUUGGCACGUACAACUACGAGAUCGAAACCAACUACUUUGGCAAAGACAACACCACCCUGUACAACCGCGCCACCUACCCCAACGUCACCACGCCCAGCGACACCUUCCACACGUACGCCGUCAACUGGACCUCCAGCUCAAUCGAGUGGUUCAUCGACGAUGUGUUGGUGCGCACCUUGUACUACGAGGAUGCCCUCGACGGCAAGAAUUUCCCGCAGACACCCAUGACCCUACGCAUCGGCAUCUGGGCUGGCGGAGACUCGGAUAACGGUGAGGGUACGAUUGAAUGGGCCGGUGGUGAGACAGACUAUACAGAGGGACCUUUUACUAUGUAUGUUGAGUCGGUCAAGAUUAUCAACUAUAAUCCUGCCGAUUCGUACACUUAUGGCGAUACCACCGGUGACUAUACCAGUAUUGAGCAGUCCAAUUCGACCAGCAGUUCUAGCUCCAGCUCCAGCUCGAGCAGCAGCAGCAGCACUAGUACCAGUAUCAGUUCCGGCACUCCUUCAUCCGGAGGCUCAACGAAUGCGGUUGGCACUGCCACUACAACUCCUACUCCAGCGACGACUCCGACAUCUUCGAAUUAUACUACCACGUCUGCUGCCUCUGCAUCUGCCAGUUCUACCACUUUUACUGCGGCUGCAGCGGGCAUGUUUGGGUCUGCUGUGAGCCCUGCUGUGGUCUUGAUGAGUGCUGCGCUGGUGUUCUUCAUGUAA